ACACAAUAAUUUGUUGCUCAUGAUUUCAUUGAGUAAAAGUCUUUUAUUAGAGAACAUAGCAUCAUUUAGGCAGACAUAAUCCUCAAACAGUAGCAGAGAGCUUACAUCUUGAUCCCCAGUAUGAGACAGGUAAUACAUAGGAUUCUUUAACCUCAAAGUCCACCCUCAGUAACACAUACUCAUGAUAAUGCCACACCCUCUAAUCUUUAUCAAACAGUUCCUACCAACUGGGGCCCAGACAUUCAACUGUAUGAACCUAUAGAUACCAUUCUCAUUCUAAACCACAGUGACUUUAAAGUUAUAGACCAUGUGAAAUCAGCUGUAAAUGUCAGUGAGACUAACUCCAAUAUGGGCAAACCUGGCACUUUGUACUGACAACACAUCUGAACCAAGAGCACAUCCAUGGAAGUCUCUGUCUUGUGGAAGUGCAAUUUCAUUAUUAAGGUGAGAGACCACUGCAGGGGCUGAUGCUCAAAACUGUACUUCUAGGAAAGUUUCUCCAGGGUCAGGACCCAAAGUAGAAGGAAACUGUGUGAUGGGGCUGACACUGUCCCAAGACAGUAGAACAUGAAAGCACCGUCUACACUGUACUAGAUGUGUAGACAGGGAGGUGCAACCUUAUGAGUGAUGCCAUGAGAGUCUGUUAAAGGGUAUCAAGAAAAUUAAAAUUUCAAUGGAAAAAAUACACUCAUGGAUACAGAGGGAAUCAAUCUGGCCUUUGUAGUACUAUUAAAAAGAACCACUUUACCAUAUCAGAUGUUGAUAGUGAACAUCAAAGUCAGAUGUUCAGUGUCCUUCCUAACAGUCCCUUUGUGGUCACACUUCAUGGAACAUGGUGAUCGCUAAGUGGAAUUGGAACUGCACCAUAUACUCAUGGUAGAAGUAUAGGAAACUCUAGACUGUGUUAGAUAGUUUAAACUAUCUGUGCUUCAGUCCUGAGUUUGAUCCAGGACCAAUGACCCUUCACUAGGGAGGUAAGCAUGAGCUCCUGGCACACAGGUGGUGAAUAUGGACCUUAGUUUGUGAAAAACCAUGGAGACACUGGUAAAACUCUAGUAGAGCUCUCACAAAAACUAAAUGGCUUACAGAGAUUACUAGGUGAAAGUUUUCAAGGGAAUGAAGGACAGGUGGAAAACUCCAGACAUGGAUUAUGGGAGAUCUUUGCAAGUAAGUGUCAGAGAGGUGGACAUUUAACUUUGUUCAGUGAUUAUACUGUCUCUGUCCCGCACCACCUUCUACACUGUAGGGAUUCCAAUGUUAACAAAAAAACUGUUUUCCAAGCCAUGAAGUCAGAUCCAUGAAUGGCUCACACAGAGUGUCAUUAUACAGGAAGAAGGAUUAUUUCAUUUAUUCGUAGGAAUGAUUGUGAAGACAAAGGCGACAUUAUACCUAACUGCUUGAACUUGUCUUUGUUUCGACUUUCCCUAUUUACAGAGAUACAGGGUCUCUUUAAAUUUUCCAGUCCAGCCUUUCAGCCCAGGUCCAUUUGUCAAGUAACUGCUCAGCAGGAAGGAGCACGGUCAGACAUAGAACGGCUGGUUUCAAAAUCAUGUUUAAAAGAUACUUCUCAUUCCUACAUUAGUGUAUUGUUUGGUUAUUUUAAAGUAAAACUGAGUCAAUGUGAUUUUUAAACGCUGUAGUAAUAUUAAAAAUCACAAUAUAUGGACCAGAAAACUUACAAGGCUAAUAAUUCUGUCAAAGGCUCGAUUCACAUUAAUAAUCUAGUGUUGUAUAUCGGGAAGUGAACACCAGCCUCACUCCAUAUGGCUGUCCUGCUAACUCUGCUUCUUCUUCCCAUACUCUACUGCAGGCAGCCAGACAAAUCCAGGAACUCUAGAAAUCUCCAUACCUGGGUUCCGGGAAUUCUUUCGCACAGACUUCUGGGAAAUGUAGUCUUUGGGACUGUGACAUCAGAGGGAGCCAUGCAGGAAAUCCCAGUCUGGCUUUUGAUCUACACACGUGAGUCUCCCUCAAAGUUUGGCAAAAGUCCUGUCCUGCUCUACAUUCCUCUUGCAUCUCUGACAUGGAGGAAAUGCUGUCAUUCUGGGAUGUAGCCAUUGAUUUCUCUCCAGAAGAGUGGGAAUGCCUGGAGCCUGUUCAGUGGAAUUUGUACAGGGAUGUGAUGUUGGAGAAUUACAGCAACCUUGUGUUCCUUGGUCUUGCUGUCUCUAAGCCAUGCCUGGUGACAUUUCUGGAGCAAAGGCAAGGGCCUUGGGAUGGGAAGAUACAGGCCUCUGGCACCAUGCACCCAGGAACACCACCCAGUGAUUGUAACAAUUACAACAAGGUUACUGAUUGUAAAUCACUCCUUAUUCAACGUCAGAAAAUUCAUACAGGGGAGAAACCUUACAGGUGUGAGGAAUGUGGUAAGGCCCUUAGUUCUCACAAAACACUUUCCAUACACCAGAGACUUCAUACUGGAGACAAACCCUACAUGUGUAAAGAAUGUCAUAAGACCUUUAAUACUCGAGCAUCACUUUUUAUACACCAGAAAAAUCAUACUGAUGAAAAAACCUUCAAGUGUGAAAAAUGUGGCAAAUUAUUUCAUUAUCUUUCAAUGCUGAAGCAACACCAAAGAAUUCAUUCUGGAGAGAAACCCUACAAGUGUGAAGAAUGUGGAAAGGCCCUUAGUUCUCAAAAAACCCUCUCUAUACACCAGAGACUUCAUACUGGAAACAAACCCUAUAUGUGUAAGGAAUGUCAUAAGACCUUCAAUACUCGCUCAUCACUUUUUAUACACCAGAAAAAUCAUACAGAUGAAAAACCCUACAAGUGUGAAGAAUGUGGCAAAUCCUUCUGCUAUCCCUCAUUCCUUAAGCAACAUCAAAGAAUUCAUUGUGGAGAAAAUCCCUACAAGUAUGAAGAAUGUAAUGCACGCCUUCAGGAAUAUCACACAAUUCACACUGGAGAGAAACCAUACAAGUGUGAAGAAUGUCACAAAGCCUUUCGUUAUCACUCAGCUCUUAGGAUACACAAGACAGUUCAUAGUGGCGAGAAACCCUACAAGUGUGAAGAAUGUGGCAAAUGUUUUUCCUCAUCUUCAUGCCUUAGACGACAUCAAACAAUUCACUCUGAAGACAAUCCCUACAAGUGUGAAGUGUGUGGCAGACGUUUUUGCUCAUCUUCAUCCCUUAGACGACAUCAAACGUUCCAUUCUGAAGACAAUCCCUAUAAGUGUGUAGAAUGUGGCAAAAGGUUUUCCUGUUCUGCAAGCCUUCAGGAACAUCAAACAGUUCACACUGGAGAGAAACCACACAAGUGUGAAGAAUGUCACAAAGCCUUUCGUUAUCACUCAGCUCUUAGGAGACACAAGAGAGUUCAUACUAGAGAGAAAUCCUACCAGUGUGCAGAGUGUGGCAAAUGUUUUUCCUCAUCUUCAUGCCUUGGACGACAUCAAGCACUUCACACUGAAGACAAUCCCUACAAGUGUGCAGAGUGUGGCAAAGCCUUUGUUAAUCUUUAUAGCCUUACUCGACACAUGAUAGUUCAUACAGGAGAGAAAUCCUACAAAUGCCUUAAAAAGUUUACUUGUUCAGACCUUAAGACACAUCAGAUGACUGUGCGUCUUCCUCAGACUUGGGCGAGAGUCCUGCCGGCUCUACAUUCCUGUUGCGUCUCCGACAUGGAGGAAAUGCUGUCCUUCUGGGAUGUGGCCAUUGAUUUCUCUCCAGAGGAGUGGGAAUGCCUGGAGCCUUCUCAGUGGAAUUUGUACAGGGAUGUGAUGCUGGAGAAUUACAGCCACCUUGAUUUCCUGGAUCUUGCUGUCUCUAAGCCAUUCCUGGUGACAUUUCUGGAGCAAAGACAAGGGCCUUCAGGUGUGAAGAGACAAGCAACAGCCACCGAGCAUUCAGGGACAACACCCAAUGAAUGUAAUGAUUACAGCAAGGUCUUUGGUGAUAAUUCACUCCUUAUUCAACGCCAGAGAAUUCAUACAAGGGAGAAACCCUUCAAAUGUGAAGAAUGUGGUAAGGCCUUUAGUUCUCGCUCAACACUUUCUAUACAUCAGAGACUUCAUACUGGAGACAAACCCUACAAGUGUGAAGAUUGUUGUAAAACCUUUAAUACUCGCUCUAAACUUUCUAUACACCAGAGAAUUCAUACUGGAGAAAAACCCUACAAGUGUGAAGAAUGUCAUAAGGCCUUUAGUACUCGUUCAACACUUUCUGUACACCAGAAAAACCAUACUGGAGAAAAACCCUACAAGUGUGAAGAAUGUGGCAAAUCAUUUUACUAUCCAUCAAUGCUGAAGCAACAUCAAAGAAUUCAUUCUGGAGAAAAACCCUACAAGUGUGAAGAAUGUGGCAAAGCUUUUUAUGAUCCUUCAUUCCUUAAGAAACAUCAAAGAGUUCAUUGUGGAGAGAAACCCUACAAGUGUGAAGAAUGUGGCAAAUUUUUUUCUUAUUCUUCAGACCUUAAAAUACAUCAAAGAAUUCACUCUGAAGACAAUCCCUACAAGUGUGGGGAAUGUGGCAGAGCCUUUUCUAAGCUUUCUACCCUUGCUAAGCACAAGUUUGUUCAUUCUAGAGAGAAAUCGUACAAGUGUGAAGAGUGUGGGAAAGCCUUUGCUUCUAAAUUUUCCAUGAUUCAGCACAAGUUAUGUCAUAUUGGAGAGAAAUCCUACCAAUGUGAAGGAUGUGGCCAAAUGUUUUACUCUACUUCUGACCUAAAGAAACAUAGAAGACUUCACUGUCAAGAGAAACUGUACAAGUGUGAAGUCUGUGGAAAAGCCUUUUCUAGCAAUUCUUCCCUGACUCAGCACAAAAUAGUCCAUACUGGAGAGAAACGACACAAAUGUGAAAGGUGUGGCAAAAAGUUUGCCUAUCCUUCAAAACUGAAGAGGCAUGAAAGAAUUCAUCGUGGAGAGAAACCCUACAUAUGUGUAGUGUGCGGCAAGAUCUUUUGUACUCAUGCAGAACUUUCUGUGCACAAGAGAUCUCACACUGUGGAGAAACCACACAAAUGUGAAGAAUGUGGCAAAACCUUUUGUAUGCUCUCAUACCUUCCUCUGCACAAAUUGCGUCAUACAGGGGAGAAAUCUUACAAGUGUGAAGAAUGUGAAAAAAUGUUUUACUCUACUUUAGACCUUAAAAAACACCUAAUAAUUCAUACUGGAGAAAAACCAUACAAGUGUGAAGAAUGUCACAAAGCCUUUCGUAAUCAAUCAGCCCUUAAUAGACACAAGGCGGUUCAUACAGGAGAGAAACUCUACAAGUGUGACGAGUGUGACAAAGUCUUUACCUAUUCUUCAGACCUUAAAAGACAUCAAAAUAUUCACUCUGAAAACAACCCACACAAGUGUGGGGAAUGUGGCAAAGCCUUUGUUAAUCUUUAUAGCCUUACUCGACACAAGACAGUUCAUACUGGAGAGAAAUCCUACAAAUGUAAAAAGUUUACAUAUCUUUAGCACUUAAAAGACAUCAAAUCAUUCAUUCUGAAUACAAAUUCUGUGAGUGUGUGGAGUAUGGCAAAAUCUUUGGUAAUCAUCAGAACUUGUCCAACCCAAAUGAAUCCAUAGUGGAGAAUAUUAUUACCUUAAUUAUUUUAGAAUCUCAACAGGAACAUCUGACUUCCACCAGCACAAAUGCUAAGAAUGUCACCAAAGAACAGUAGAGACUUCUCUUUGUUGUAACCUUCCUACCAGUUUGUUCAAGCAGUGUGUUUGAAACUUGCCUUGACUUAUGACUUUUUCUUCUAUAACUAUAAUUGUUUCAUGAAACUUACCAUGUCAUAACUUUGUUGAGUACCCUGAAUAUGAGAUCUGAGCUGUGGUACAGUUACUGUUGUUUUUCCCAGAGAUGUCACCCAUGCUCUUGUAAUAACAUCUCCCCUGAGUGUGUAAGAAUCUCCAUAAACUCAUAUUUCUCACCA